AUUCACCAUAAUAAACCCUCCACAAUCACGUAUCCAGUAUCAGAACACGUCUGUGGAUCAGUCUUCCUCUGUUUAUCCGGUCAGACGCCUCAUUUUUCUGGUCGUCUCCUGAGUUUUUCCAUAUCUCCAAAUUCACACUCUAUCUGGAACUUGAUUUUUCUUCCAGUAACCUGUGCAGCCCAUUUUCAAAGGUAUAGCAAUAGCAAGAAUAACUAUAUUGGUUGUUCCGAAGUAUACUUGUAGUGCUGUGUUCCGGAAAAACGCAAUUUUUCACUAUUCUCCGACUGUUGUAUGAAUCCACAGCAAUAGAUCCGUUGAACUCGCAUCAAAGUAUUAGCACCAGUAACUACGUUGUUGUCGCUCCCUGCCAGUGAUUAGUUUGACCAUAUUUACUCCAUCGGAUCUGCCGUCACGUAGACCAUGUUCGGCUCACCACUCGGAAGACCAACGGGUCAAGGCUCGUCGGCUCCUUCUCAUUUCAAGGACUCUGCCAGAAAUGCCAUUUACCAACAAUUACCUCCGUCAGUGCUCACGCUGACGUCGGCCAUGUCCAUCCGCUCAGCGCCUUCUCAAUAUAACAACGGUGGUCAGAAAUACCAGUCGCUGUACCGCUCGCUGCUGCUGUCGAUUUUCUCGGCGAUUUCAGGCAAAAGAUCGGUGCGCUCAGCUCCGUCCAUAUACUCUUCUUCUACAGCUACCAUUCCAGAAGACCUGGAACCCAUCUCCACGACUGUAGAACAGCUUGUAAACGACAUUGUAUUGCACGAGAAUUACUUCCGGGAACAGAAGCUCGAACAACAGCAACAGUCGCAGCUGCCGUUUCUGAACAAUAACCCCAAUGCUCUUCGACGCCUUGUCAACGACGAUCUUGAUGCUGAAGAAUUGUACAAAAUCUCUCUAGGCUCCGAUCUCCAGUACCAAAACGUUCCAGAAUCGCUCAUUGACUGGAAUCUCAACGUUACCAGGUGUAAAUUGAUGCUUAUCCAGUUGCCCAUGAUCUCCUCUACGCCAGAUUUUCAAUACAACCAGAACUCUCUUCCACAGCUCAUAGGUGAUUUGGCUUCGCUCUGUCACAUCGUAUUAAUCCAGCCACACAUAACUGAUAAAGAGUUGAUCUACACCUUGUUCUCGUCAGACUUGUAUGGCGAGCACAACUUGGACUUGUCAUUCAAAAAGUCCGUCGCUGAAAUUUCUGUCAAACAAUCCAGACUUCUCCAGAUCAACAGCUCGACGGGAAUCAACCAUCAGCAGACCUUUUUGAAGUUCAAGUUCAAGGAGAUCGCCAUCCGGAACUACUUGAUUAACUUGGCAGCAGCUGCCACCACGGCACAUGAAUACAAGCUCAAAUCAGAUUUGCUAAAGAAACAGUUGAAACAACAACAAUUGCAACACCUGUUGCAUCCAGAAAACAAGAAAAUCAAGCUCUCUAAGGAUGAGAAAAAAGGCCUCUGGGAACAGGUCAGACUGGACGUGUUCAAGCGGGCCGGUUUGGAAGAAUAGCCAGAUCACUUUUCUCCUGGAAUUCCUAGCUUGAUUUCGCUGCAUUUCAUACAAAAAUUGUAUUUGAUAGAUCCAUAAUGAAAAUCUCACGACUAUACUUCUUCUGGGAACCACUUAGGUGAUUCUCAUUUCUGCAUCGGCUGUUAGGUUGUUUUAUAUAUACAUAUUGCUAU